AUGGGAGCCCAAAUUCUGCCUAAAGCCUUCGCUUUGCACAGAUGUUCAGGUCUACAGCCUGAGGGUUUGAAUUCAUUUACAAUUGCAAACCAAAGCUUUCUGAACACGAAAACGAAACGUGCUUCAAACUGUUCACUAAAAGCAUCUGCUGCUCAUGAGGACCUUCAAGAAAAUAAGCCUUUAGUUAAAAUGUGUGGGGUCACAUCGCCUCAAGACGCAGCUCUAGCAGCAAAAGCUGGUGCAGAUUUCAUAGGUAUGAUUAUUUGGCCAAACUCGAAAAGGUCCAUUUCACUUUCGGUCGCAAGAGAAAUCUCGAAAGUAGCCCGGCAAAAUGGGGCAGAGCCCGUUGGAGUGUUUGUGGAUGAUGAUGCUGAAACAAUAUUACGGGCUGCUAAUGAAGCUGACCUCGAAUAUGUGCAGCUCCAUGGGAAUGGUUCGCGAGAUGCUUUUGAGAUCGUGGUGAAAGAAAACCGAGUGAUUUAUGUUCUUCAUGCGAAUGAAAAUGGGGUUCUUUUGAAUGAUGUUUCGGAUGAAGAAUGCUCUCGAGCUGAUUGGAUUCUUGUCGAUAGUGCUCAAGGUGGAAGUGGUAAAGGGUUUAAUUGGUCUAGAUUCAAGCUGCCGCCUAUUAAGAGCAAACGGGGAUGGCUAUUAGCUGGAGGGAUUAAGCCCGAGAAUGUGUGUGAAGCUCUUUCGACCCUAAAACCGACAGGGAUUGAUGUAAGCAGCGGCAUUUGUGCCCCAGAUGGAAUACGGAAGGAUGAAUCUCGAAUAAUGUCUUUUAUGGAUGCAAUUAAAUCCGUUCAAUAUUGA